AUGGUUUGCAAAAAGCCAGCAGCAAGAUGUUCUCCUGGAGAUCCUGCAGUUGCGGCCACAGCAAGCAGAGCCAGACGAACGACAAAGACAAAGACAUUGAAGAGCAGUACCGCGAAGCAGAGCGCUCCAAGGCGGGCGCCGCAAACAAAAGCAAGCUCAGGACAAAGAUCAAAGCCAGCCGAGCGUUGCCGGGGGCAAGCUGCACCCAAGGAGGUGCGCCAGGCAAACUUUCGACGUCAGCCAAGCAUUGCGACAUGCGAUCGCAUCGACCGAGCAUUGGAACAGAGAUUGUACUUGCUGAAGCUGGAACGACAUCGUGCUGGAGCAGGGGGCCUCUUCCACGUGCUGGGCAGCACCGGCAACGUUUACACCGUGAACAUCGGGACGAAACCCAGCUGUGAUUGUCCAGAUUUCUUGAAAGGUCGUGGGCCAUGCAAGCACAUCCUGUUCAUUUGGCUUCGUGUGCUACAGCUUGAAGAGGACUGA